GAGCCAUGGGGUAUGAAAGGGAAAAUGCUGGCCAGGCUUAUGACGGAGAUGGCAAGAUCAUCAGAAUGCCAACAGAUAGAGAAACUGAUGCAAAAAUCAUGAUGCAAUAAGCCAUGGGUAAUGCUAGAGAAAGAAUGGCAGAUACCUAUGAGAAUGCUAAGCAGACGAUGUCCUCCGCGUCGGACAAGGCUUCAACCAUGGCACAAAAUGCUAAAGAUAACAUGGCCGAGUCCAUGAGUUACGGAAGAGAUAGAGCAGCCAAUGCUUAUGAGGAGGGUAAGCAGAAAAUAAACAUGGCUUCGGAUAUGAUGUCAGAAAAAUUGUAUGAUGCCAAGAACUCGAUGGGUGGGGCGGUGGAAUAUGCCAAGGACAAAGCAAACAAUGCUUAUGAUAGAACCAGAGAGAGAAUGAGGAUGGCUUCAUAGAGAACCUACGAUGUAAAGAAUAAAGUAAAAGGAGCAAUGGAGUAUGGAAGAGAUAACGCAGGUGAUGCCUAUGAUGGAGCCAAAGAGCAAAUGAACGUGGUUGGAGAUAGGGCCUAUGAUGCUUGAGACAAGAUGGGUGGGGCAAUGGAAUAUGGAAGACAAAAAAUGGCAGAAACUUUUGACCAAGCUAAGCAAGAAGUUGAUCAGGCAUACCAGUCAGCAAAGGAUACCAUGUCCAGGGAGGCUAAGGAUCGUUACGAAGCUGCCAAGGAGAAAGUUUCAGAUGCCACAGCGAAUCUUGGAGCUUCCAUGAGGAACACCCAAUAUCUAUGAGGGUAUGUUAAGUUCCCUACAUAAAAAUAUAAGAAUGUGUAUUUCAGUUAGUCUUUUGUCUUUUUCUGCAAAGCUAUCGAGUACUAUUUUCUUCUUGUAAUGUGUUUGUUUUGUUAAGAGAUGCAAAAGCACUUGUUAAACUCUUUCCUUAUGAAAAUGGGAACACAAGUCAUGUGUUCUUGUCCCUAAUGGUAGGAGAUGUAUUAGUGUAGAUUCACACAGGUUUUGCACUUUGCAGCCCACUAUAGGUUAUGUAUCUAGACUAAGAUAAUAUUGUGCAGUUAGUGUAUCCUGACUUUGAUUAUGUUGUUGGGCCCCUUUAUUAACAUGCGUGAUUUGUCAUAUUUGUUAUAA